AUGAGUUCUAGGGACAAAAAAAGGAUGAAAACGGAUCGAGGAGUCGAAUCCAGUGAUAAUGCACGUUCGAAUUCAAGGGGAUCUCAGUCCAACAGAGAACGAACGCCCCCCAUUGUAAAUGACCGUGAAUCAAUAGUCACGGGAAGGAUUCUAGAAGGGCUGGACGAGGGAAAAGACGAAAACUUAAGUGAAUAUAGCAGUGAGUUAGAAAUUCAUAGACGCCAAUUACAUGAGCGCUUAUUCGGAAGGGAAUAUGAAAUUCCGAUCCCUGCAGGCCCUCAUCCUGAAAUUAUCAUUAUCAGUGAUUCAGAUGACCAAGACACAGAAGAGUGGACUGAGAACGUCGAACCUGAAGCUGACAUUUCUGAGCAUUGUACAAAUUUUCCAAUGCAAGAUCCUGAGAGACGACAAUUCAUUCAGGACCAACUUUAUCAGUUGUUUGAUAAACCUUUGUUCGAUGAGCCCGAGCUGGCAAACUCUGAAAGGGAGGAUGAUGGCUCGGAUGAUGAAAGCCAGCUGGAAAGUGAAGAGACUCCGGAUGUCAGUUUCGAUGACCUGGGCGACGUGUGGAGCGAGAUGGCAGUUGCAAUGGAGUGCGCGAAGGAUGUUUUUGAACCUACUUUGCAUGCGAAAAAUGGCGGUGAGGGUGAAGAAGACUGUGACCAUUCUUUUAUAUUCAAAGAUGAUAUAGGCGAUGUUUGUCGCAUUUGUGGGGUGAUUAAAAGGCCAAUUGAAACAAUUGUCGAAUAUAAUUUCUCCAAGGCCCAGACAAGUUCCCGAACUCGAAGUUAUGGAGGGCGGAAUCCCGGAGGGCAUGAUCAAUCAGAAACCUUGUCGGAUGGUUUAGAUUUACCCAAUAAUAAUGAUUUUAUUGCUGCUGAUAUGCAUCCACACCCGCGACACCGGAGGGAGAUGAAACCUCAUCAAGUUGAGGGAUUCAAUUUUCUUGCGAGCAAUGUAAUGUCUGAGAACCCCGGAGGUUGUAUCAUGGCUCAUGCUCCGGGCUCCGGUAAGACAUUCAUGAUCAUCAGUUUCCUUCAGAGCUUCAUGGCGAAGUAUCCUGCAGCUCGGCCCCUGGUUGUGCUUCCCCGGGGGAUUCUGCCCGUCUGGAAGAAGGAGUUUCUUACAUGGCAGAUCGAAGAGAUACCCCUCUACGACUUCUACUCAGUUAAGGCAGACAAUCGUGGCCAGCAGCUUCAAGUUCUGAAGGAAUGGGCCGAAAGGAGGAGCAUUCUGUUUUUAGGGUACAAGCAGUUUUCUUCCAUCGUCUGCGAUGUUGAUGACAGGCCAGCUCCUUUGGCUUGCAAAAGUUAUUUGCUUAAAGUCCCUUCAAUCGUCAUCCUCGAUGAAGGGCAUACACCGCGGAACCCAGACACCGCUAUUCUGAGGUCUCUUGGGAGCAUUGAAACCACAAGAAAGGUUGUUCUUUCGGGUACUCUUUAUCAAAACAGCGUGAGAGAAGUUUUCAGCAUUUUAGAUCUGGUCCGCCCAAAUUUUCUUAUGAUGGAAGAUUCUAAAAUAAUUUUGAGGCGGAUCGUGAGCAGGGCUGAGAUUUCUAGCAGUCGGAGUCUGAGUAAACUUGGUAGAGGCAACGGCGGCUUCUACAAGACGAUAGAAGACUGCUUGAUAAAGGAUGAGAAUCGCAGCCGAAAAGUGGCUCUGAUACAAGAUUUGCGCGAGAUGACUAGGAAGGUCCUGCACUACUACAAGGGGGACAACCUUGAAGAACUUCCUGGACUUGUAGAUUUGGCUGUCUUCCUGGAGCUCAGUCCUGCGCAACGAUCAGAAGUUGAGGAGAUGAAAAAUUUGCAGAACAGGUUCGCAAUUAGUGCACUCGCAAGUCCCAUUUAUGUACACCCGAUCCUGAAGGAGGUCGCGAAGAACUCUGGUGGAAGAGGCAGAGUGGACGAGGGGAGAAUUCACCCAUUAUUAGAGAAGCUAGACAUUCGUGACGGGGCAAAGCUUAGCUUCUAUAUAAAUCUCCUCCAGCUUUGCGAAUCCACCGGAGAGAAGCUGAUCGUCUUCGGCAACUUUCUGUUGCCCCUGAAAUUUCUGGAGAUAAUGACCAGUAAAUUGAAGGGCUACAGUGUUGGCCGCGAGAUGUUCGUGAUUACAGGCGACUCCGACACAGAUGCUCGGGAGUCUGUGAUGGAGCAAUUCAAUCAGUCCCCGGCAGCCAGAGUCUUCUUCGGUUCUGUCAAGGCAUGCGGCGAGGGAAUCUCACUCAUCGGGGCUUCUCGCAUUCUCAUCCUCGACGUUCACCUGAACCCCUCAGUGACCCGGCAGGCGAUAGGAAGGGCGUUCCGGCCGGGACAGACGAGGAAGGUUUAUACUUACCGGUUGAUCGCGACCGGCUCACUUGAAGAGGCGGACCAUGCUGCAUGCUUCAAGAAGGAAUCCAUCGCCAAGAUGUGGUUCGAAUGGGAUGAGCGCAGGGGUCAGGACAACUUCGAAAUGGAGCCUGUCCACGUUGAUGCGUGCGGAGACAUGUUUCUGGAAACUCUACUGUUGAAAGAAAAUGUCGCAGCUGUCUACCGGAGGUGA